AUGGCAACGAAAGAAGAACUGGUGAAAGUCAUUGUAAGAUGCCGCCCAAUGAGCGAGUCGGAACACACCCGAGGAUGUCAGCCAGUGCUCUCCAUUGAUGGCAAAGGGGGAUCCUGCACUGUAACAAAGCAGGACUCGGACAGAUUGGGCAGGAAGCAGUUUACCUUUGACCGGGCAUACUCUGGCGACACUACAACUCAACACAUUUAUAGCGACAUCGUGUGUCCUAUUGUGAAGAGUGUAACGGAAGGGUAUAAUGGCACCAUAGUUGCAUAUGGACAGACCGCUUCUGGAAAGACGUUUACCAUGCAAGGAGUAUCAGAACCCUCAACCCAACUUGGGAUCAUACCAAGGGCCGUGGACGACAUCUUCAAGAACGUGUCCUCCAACAAGAGUCAGCAGUGGGUUGUACACUGUUCGUGUUAUGAAAUCUACAACGAAGAAAUCAGAGAUUUAUUAGGGAAAAGCCUGACAGAGAAAUUGGAUAUUGGAUCAUUUCCUAAUAAAGGCUUCUAUGUAAAAGCCACACCGUCUUCGCCAUCAGCAUUGAGACGCACUGGACCAGAGGACAAACGGACAUAUCAGAGCGGGCAAACUCAACCUUGUGGAUCUGGCAGGAGUGAAAGACAAAAGCAAGACUGGAGCCGCCGGCGUGAGGUUCAAGGAAGGAUCAAGAUCAACAACUCUUCACUGUCUCGGAAGAGUCAUCUCAACAUUAGCAGAGGGCAAGAACCAACUUAUACCCUUUACAGAGACUCCAAGUUGACAAAGCUGCUUCAGGACUCCCUGGGUGGGAAUGCCCGUGCACACUGA